AUGGGUUCAAUAUCGGGUUUGUUUUCUGACAUUUUCCUUGGACAGAUUCUCGCCUGUAUUGGUCGAGAAGGGUAUUUUCUGGGCUAUGAUGAUUUGUUUCUGAGCCUUAAACCUGCUCUUGAUGCCAUAAUAUUCCUUGAUUUCUUCCAUGAUUUCCAACAUCAUGUUCACAAAUUACUAAACAACGCUGCCGCUGCCGCCACACCAUUGUCGUACAUGGCCCUGUUGACCGUCAACAAUGAUGACGACGACAACUACAUUAUGGACCAGAGUGAUCAAAUAAAUCAAAUUAUAACUUACCAUAAUGAAAAACUGCGGCAGUCAGUGGUGGGGAUGAUGGAGGAGACAAUGGCGAAGCGGAUGAAGGCGCAGGCGGAGCGCAACGAGGAGUUGGAGAGGCUGGCAGCGAUGUACAAGUGGGAGGCAGAGCGGCUGCUGGCGAGGGUGAGGUACUUGGAGCACGCGGUGAUGUCGCUUAGCGAAGGCCUGCAGGAGGCCAACGCGGCCCGCCACUAUGCAGAGGCGGUGGAGGAGGAGGGGGAGUCGUCGUUCGAGGACCCUGACCGCGUGCGGCCUGUCAGGCUCGACUGCAAGGUGUGCGAGAGGGAGCUGGCGAACGUGAUGGUGUGGCCGUGCCGCCACGUCUGCGUCUGCAAACGCUGUGAUGCUGGCGCCAAGUGCUGCCCUGUUUGCGGUAUGGUGAAGACCACCAGCGUGGAAGUCUGUCUCCCUCUUGAUUGA